AUGGGUUCAAAGAUGAAGGUGGCAUGCUUGUUGCUCCUGGGGCUCACCCUGAGGUUUGGGGCCACCAUUGUGAAGCCAGAAGAAGGCAGCUUUUGCUCUAAGAGCCAGGUGGCCUUCAGAGAUGCUUGUUAUGAAUUUGUACCACUUGGACGUACGUUCCAUGGGGCCCAGGGCUGGUGUGAAGGGCAGGGAGGCCAUUUGGUCUUCAUUCCAGAUGAAGGUACCCAGCGGUUUCUUCAGAUGCACAUCUCCCAGGACAGAGAAUGGUGGAUUGGACUCACAGGAACCUCAGCACCCAACGGGACCUCAGCAGGGCCCGGGACCUGGUUGGACACCUCAAAUGUGAGCUACAGCAACUGGCAAGGCAGCCAGGCGGCACCUGCGCCCCACAGCUGUGGCUACAUCAGGAGAGGCCCCUCCUCUGACUGGGCAGUGUCAGAGGACUGCACAGAGGCCUUUGCCUUUGUCUGCGAGUUUGGGGUUGGCCAGAGCCUGGCCUGUGAGGGCUUCAAUGCUACCAUGCACUGUGGCUCAGGAGAGGUCAUCCAGAUGCAGGAUGCCUUCUAUGGGCGGCAGACCCCCUAUUACUGCACCCAGGGCACCUGGGGUCCCUCAGACCUGGAGGAGGAAUGCAGCUGGGCCAAUGUCAAGGAGGAAGUGGCAGGCCAGUGCCAAGGGCUGCAGGUAUGCCAGGUGGCAGCAGAUGGGGCUUACUUUGGAGACCUGUGCCCCACUCAGGGCAGCUACCUGUGGGUCCAGUACCAGUGCCAAGAAGGCCUGCGGCUGGUGCUGCCCAACGAGAGUUUCAUCUUUGACAAUGUCACCCUCUCUCUAACGUGGCUCCUCUCACCCUACAUUGGAAACCUGUCCUGUAUACUUAGCAUGGGAGAUGGGCACACUUUGGAUCCCUACUAUCCUCCCAGUGUGUCCAGUCGCGUGACCCACCAGUACACAUCUCCAGGAGAAUUCACUGUGUUUGUUGAGUGCACAACAAGCGAGUGGCACGUGACAGCUCAGAAGCAAGUGACUGUCCGAGACAAGGUGGGAAGGCUGAGUGUCACCGGGUGUGCUGGCCUGUUCCAGUCUAGAGCCAGCCCCGUCUGCCAGGCUGUCUUUGGGGAUCCCCUGUGGCUUCAGGUGGAGCUUGAUGGAGGGACAGGGGUGAGUUACACUGUGCUCUGGGAUAACAUGACUCUGGCUGAGUUUGCCACCCAAAAGGGCUCGAUGCCCCACAAUCUCACGCUGAACAGAGAAACGCAGGAGCUCAUGGGCCCAGGGACGCACCUCCUAGAGAUCCAGGCCAUCAGCAAUGGCACCACCUCUGCAUCUUCUGGAAAUGUCACGGUCCACUUUGUGGAGUUACUAUCGGGGCUGCAGGCCUCCUGGACUUCCAACCACAUGCAGCUCGGCCAGGACUUACUGAUCAACGUCUCAGUGGCUCACGGCACCCCUGAUGAGCUAACCUUUGAGGUGGUGGGACUCGAUGUAAAGUUCUCCCAGAAGGAAGAGCACACUGGAGAGCUCCCUGGGACUUACCCUGUGGUGCUUCCUGUUGAAGGUACCUUUCUGGUCACCGUGUUGGUGCGGAACACCUUCUCAAACUUGAGCUUGGAGGUCGGGAACGUCACUGUCACAGCCACUUUCAGUAUGCAAGAACCAUCUGGAAUGAAUCCUGGAGAAAAGAAGAGAGACAAGGGGGAUUUGGAGGUAUAUGUCAAGCCUGGUCUGUACGUGGAUCCUUUCACAACAGUCACUCUGGGCUGGCCAGCUGAUGACGAGGACUUCCGCUUCCGCUUCCGCUGGUCCUGUGGGCGCUGCUGGGAUCAGUGGAGCAACUGUGUGGAAAGGCAGCGGCUCCACACAGCCCAGAGGGAACUGGUGAUCCCGCCAUCCUGCCUGCCACCACCCGGAUCGGCUGUCACCUUGCGCCUGGCCAUCCUAAGGGGCCAGGAGCUACAGAAGGAGACGGAGCAGUGCCUCUAUGUGUCUGCUCCUCUGGACCUCGAGCCCCGAGUCAGCUGUGAGCAGAACUGCCAGCUGGCGGAUGCCAAUGAAGAUGUUCUGCUCAGAGUCACCUUGGGAGAGGACAUCUCAGCAGCCACAUUCAGCUGGUACUUGGACAGCUCCUCACCAGACAAGGCUGAGCCCCUCCCUGCUGUCUGCAGACUCACAGGGUUCCAGACACGCUCUCUGACCCUUCUUCAAGGGGACACCUCCACGCUGCUGCUCAACAGCAGCUCCCUGCAGACCUGGGGACAGGUCCUCUGGAUCAGGGUCACAGCGCUGACCAGGCAGGCCUAUGGGGAGGACACCUAUGUGAUCAGCGCUCUGCCUACACCCGUGGUGCCCACCUGUGUGAUUGCCCCAGAGGAGGGCACUGUACUGACCCGCUUUGCCAUUCUCUGUACGGCCUCCACGGUCCUAGAGCCCCUGGAAUAUUGCUUCUGUCUAGACUCAGGUUCCUGCCUACACUGUGGCCCUGAACCAGCCCUCCCAUCUGUGUACCUACCACUUGGAAAAGACAGCAAAGACUUUGUGCUGACAGUGAUCAUUUCUGUCACCAACCAGGCAGGGGAAAGACAGCAGACCCAUGCAAUGGUGAAGGUGGGACUCGGGGACACAGGUAUUGAGGAGGGGGAAUUCCAGGCUGCCAUGUUGGAAAGGGUCACUACUGCUCUACAAGGUGAGCAUGGCCCUGAGCAACUUCUCCAGCUGGCCAAGUCUCUGUCCUCCAUGCUGAACCAAAAGGACCUAGGCCAGGACUCUGGGCAACUGCUAACAAUGGACACAAGACAGAAGGUCAGAGAACUUGUACUGCAGUCACUGUCCAAGGUCAUCGGCAGCCUGGAGGACAUGCAGAGUGUGCAGGGGCUGGCUGAGGUGUUGAGGGAGCUGACCCACCUCAGUGAAGAGCUCACACCCUCCGCCCAGUGGGUGGCUAGCCAGGCUUUGCAGCAGGCCAGUGAAGUCCUGUUGACAGCAAGUACCAAGGCCCGUCCUGAGGACCAGAGGCGCCAGGCAGCCACCAGGGACUUGCUUUGGGCGGUGGGCAAUAUACUGGAAGCUUUCCCGAGCAACCAACCAGAAGAGCCCGUGGAUGACAACAGCAGCCAGGUUCCUACACUAGCCCGGAUGCUUGAGGCUGUGGAGUGUGUGCAGACCUCCCUCCUGCUGGGCACACUUCCCGGGGCCCUUCCAGCCACCCUGGCUACCCCCUCCAUCUCCGUGUACACAAACAGAAUACAGCCAUGGACUUGGCGAGGCUCCUCCGUGUUUAUUGCUGCCACCGACUCUGCAACCUUCUCUCUGCCUGCCUCCUCCCUCUGGCCCACAGAGGAUGACAGCGAGCCUGUGGAUAUCAGGAUGACGAGUUUCCCCAAGAGCCCCUUCCCAGCCGGGAGUCGCUUUGACAUCAGUGGAACUGUUGGUGGACUCCUCGUGACCAGCCCUGGUGGACAGCCCAUCCCUGUGAAGAACCUGUCUGAGAAUAUUGAGAUCCUGCUGCCCCGGCAUUUGGAAGGACUCAAUGAGCCAACCGUGCUGAACCUGGCUGCUCCUGGGGCUCUGUGGGUGAAUGUGACUGCAGGGGGAGCCGCUCUGGGGAUCCAGCUACACGGGAGACCCCACCUCCCGCUCACGCUCAGCCUUGGCUAUGGCUACCACCCCAAUGAGACUAGCUAUGAUGCCCAAACUCAUCUACCACCAGCGGCUGUUCCAGGUGAGCUGUCUACCUGGAUCCUGGGCCCAGCAGACCUGCCCUUAGGGGAGGGUAUCUACUACCUGACUGUGGUCCCCGAAUCCAACCUGCAGCCAGACCCUGGCAAAGCCCUCACAGUUGGCGUCACCACCUUCCUGUCCCAUUGUGUGUUCUGGGAUGAGGUCCAGGAGACUUGGGACAACUCUGGCUGCCAGGUGGGGCCGCGGACCACCGCCUCCCAGACACACUGCCUCUGCAACCACCUCACCUUCUUUGGAAGCACCUUCCUGGUGAUGCCCAAUGCUGUGGAUGUCCACCAGACUGCUGAACUCUUCGCCACCUUCGAGGACAACCCCGUGGUUGUGACCACCGUGGGCUGCCUCUGCCUGGUCUACGUGUUGGUGGUGAUCUGGGCAAGGAGAAAAGAUGCAGAGGAUCAGGCCAAGGUGAAAGUCACAGUGCUGGAGGACAACGACCCCUUCGCCCAGUACCACUACCUGGUGACAGUCCACACGGGACACCGGCGGGGAGCAGCUACAUCCGCAAAGGUGACCAUCACCCUGUAUGGCCUGGAUGGAGAAAGUGAUCCCCACCACCUGUCAGACCCCGACUUCCCAGUGUUUGAGCGAGGAGGAGUGGAUGUCUUCCUGCUUUCCACCCUUUUCCCCCUGGGAGAACUGCAGAGCCUCAGGCUGUGGCAUGACAACUCAGGGGACCAGCCAUCCUGGUAUGUGAGCCGCGUGCUGGUGUAUGACCCAGCGACGGACCAGAAGUGGUAUUUCCUCUGCAAUUCCUGGCUGUCCAUUGAUAUUGGAGACUGUGUUCUUGACAAGGUGUUUCCAGUGGCCACGGAGCAGGACAGGAAGCAGUUCAGCCACCUGUUUUUCAUGAAAACCUCUGCGGGCUUCCAGGAAGGGCACAUCUGGUAUUCCAUCUUCAGCCGCUCGGCUCGGAGCAGCUUCACACGAGUGCAGAGGGUGUCCUGCUGCUUCUCCCUACUCCUCUGUACCAUGCUGACCAGUAUCAUGUUCUGGGGUGUCCCCCAGCACCCUGCUGAGCAGAAGAUGGACUUGGGUAAAAUUGAGUUCACUUGGCAGGAAGUGAUGAUUGGGCUGGAGAGCUCCGUCCUCAUGUUCCCUAUCAACCUCCUGAUCGUCCAGAUCUUUCGAAAUGCCCGUCCUCGGGUCCCGAAGGAGCAGAACACUGGGAACCAGGGUGGCGGGUCCACUAGCCCGACUUCCUCACCACAGCCCAUUGACGAUGUCCUUCUGACUCCUGACGAAGUGACCAAGGAUAUGAGGAGACUCGUCGGCUUACUGUUUAAAGCUCUGAAGGUGCCAUUGCCAGCUUCAAGCUGGAAUUCCUUGAGAGCGAUGGAGCUCGACAACCUCCUGGCCUUGGUGGAAGACAUCGUUUGUCCAGAGAACAGGGCAGGGCGGGGGCUCUGUGAAGAAGCCAGGAAGAGCAAGGACCCUGUCACACUCACUCUUGGAUCUAUGCAGGUAGAAGGGAAAACACGACACCCCAAGCCUGAGCUGGCCUCGAGUGCCCUUUGGAAGGACAGUACCUACAGGCAGUGUCUCUACCUUCAGCUGGAGCAUGUGGAGAAGGAGCUGAGGCUGGUGGUGCCUAGGGCCUUCCCACAGCACCACAGCUAUGCUCAGGCCCUCAGGCAGCUGCAGACCUUGAAAACCUGUCUCGGAGGACAGUGUGGCCCCCGGGUCCCAGCACAUACCAGAACUCCUCGGGCCAGCAGGCCCCUUCGAGGUCUGCCCUGGUGGUGUGUCCUGGUGGGCUGGCUCCUGGUGGCGGCCACAAGUGGUGUGGCGGCCUUCUUCACCAUGCUCUACGGCCUGCACUAUGGGCACGCCAGCUCCCUCAGGUGGCUCAUCUCCAUGGCUGUCUCCUUUGUGGAGAGUGUGUUCAUCACUCAGCCACUUAAGGUGCUAGGCUUUGCUGCUUUCUUUGCACUGGUCUUGAAGAAAGAGGACAAGGAGGACAAUGUACCGUUGCUGCAGGAACAUCUGCAUGGCCCAGGCCCCUGUGCCGGGUCCCGAAUGCGCAGACACAGCAGCAAGGACUACCAGCCACCUCUCGCCGCCGCUGUUGAGAGGAUGAAAACCACUCGCCUCAAGGAACAGAAGGCCUAUGCCCUCAUCAGAGAAGUCGUGGCAUACCUGGGCUUCCUGUGGAUGCUGCUGCUGGUGGCCUAUGGGCAGAGGGAUCCCAGUGCUUACCACUUCAACAGGCACCUUGAGCACAGCUUCACACAAGGCUUCUCCGCUGUCCUGGGCUUCCAGGGGUUCUUCGAAUGGGCCAAUACUACCCUCAUGAACAACCUGUAUGGUCAUCACCCAGGCUUUGUCACUGAUGGGAACUCCAAACUGGUUGGCAGUGCCCACGUUCGCCAAGUGAGGGUCCGGAAAAGCUCCUGUCCACUUGCCCAGCAGCUGCAGGCUUCCUUUGAUGGAUGCCAUGCCCCCUAUUCUUUGGAUGUUGAAGACCUGGCAGACUACGGGGAAGGCUGGACGGCCUCCGUCCCUAAUACCAGCAGUGACUUCCCCCAGGCUUGGGAGUACCAGAGCCAGCGUCAGCGUCGGGGCUAUCCCAUGUGGGGCAAACUCACAGUGUACGGGGGAGGAGGCUAUGUGGUCCCCCUGGGGACCGAUCGCAAAAACGCGUCAAGACUACUCCAGUAUCUCUUUGACCACACCUGGCUGGACACCCUGACCAGGGCUGUGUUUGUGGAGUUCACUGUCUACAAUGCCAAUGUUAACCUGUUCUGCGUUGUCACACUCAUGCUGGAGACCAGUGCUCUGGGGACUUUCUUCACACAUGCGACCCUGCAGAGCCUGCGUCUGUACCCCUUCACCGAUGGCUGGCACCCCUUCGUGGUGGCAGCAGAGCUGCUUUACUUCAUCUUCCUCUUCUACUACAUGGCGGUGCAGGGCAAGCUCAUGAAGAGGCUGAAGUGGGGCUAUUUCAGCAGCAAGUGGAACCUUCUAGAACUGGCCAUCAUCCUGGCCAGCUGGAGUGCUCUGGCGGUGUUUGUAAAGAGGGCUGUGCUGGCAGAGCGUGACCUGCAGUACUACCGGGAGCACAGGGCAGGAGGGAUCAGCUUCAGUGAGACAGCAUCAGCCGAUGCUGCUCUCGGAUACAUCAUUGCCUUCCUGGUACUCCUGUCCACGGUGAAGCUUUGGCACCUGCUCAGGUUGAAUCCCAAAAUGAGCAUGAUCACGUCGGCUCUUUGCCGGGCCUGGGGUGACAUUUCAGGCUUUACCACCGUCAUUGUUAUCAUGUUCCUGGCCUAUUCCAUUGCGUCAAACUUAAUAUUUGGAUGGCAACUCCAUUCCUACAAAAGCCUCUUUGAUGCAGCAGAGACACUGAUCAGCCUUCAGCUAGGGAUCUUCAACUAUGAAGAGGUGCUGGACUAUAGCCCUGUGCUUGGUUCCCUCCUCAUUGGGUCCUGCAUUGUGUUUUUGACGUUUGUGGUGCUGAAUCUGUUUAUCUCUGUCAUUCUGGUGGCCUUCAGUGAAGAACAAAAACAAGAUCAGCUGUCAGAGGAAGGAGAGAUUGUGGAUUUGCUCCUGGAAAAGAUGCUCAGCUUCCUGGGUGUUGGAUGUAAAAGAGAGAUGCCUUAGAGCAGUGGCUAG